AACUCAUUCAUACUUACAUACACACUUAUAUUUACACUCAUAUACAUACAUGUAGUACAUAAACUCAUACACACUUACAUACAUACACACUCACAUACAUACAUACAUAAACUUACACACAUACAUACACACUCACAUCAGGGGCGGACUGACAAUUUGGAAACUCGGGCACUGCCCGAGGGCCCGGGGUCAGUAGGGGGCCCCAUGAGAUGCCCCUGGUACCUUUUUCAUAGCUUUUUUGAGUUUGGGCAAGGACACAGGGGCCCCAUGAUCCCCUAUUGCCCGGGGGCCCCA